AUGGGACAGACCCCAGCCCUGGAGAGAUGCAGCGCCCAACUUGAUGCCAUCCCCCAGCUUCUCCGGCCUCAGGGGAUGGACGCAGCUUCUGCCCCAAAGCAAGCCUGGCUCCUGUGGUCCCCACUCCUUUUCCUGCUCCUCCUGCCUGGGGGGAGCAUCAGUAGCUGCCCCACUUUGUGUGACUGCACCUCCCAGACCCGGGCAGUACUCUGUGCCCACAGGCGACUGGACACUGUCCCUGGAGGGCUUCCACUGGACACAGAAGUCCUGGAUUUGAGUGGGAACCGCCUGUGGGGGCUUCAGCGUGGCAUGCUCUCUCGACUGGGCCAGCUCCAAGAACUGGACCUCAGCUACAACCAGCUCUCCACCCUUGAGCCUGGGGCUUUCCAUGGCCUACAGAGUCUACUCACCCUGAGGCUGCAGGGCAAUCGACUGAGAAUUGUGGGUCCUGGGAUAUUCUCAGGCCUGUCUGCCCUCACGCUGCUGGACCUCCGCCUCAAUCAAAUUGUCCUCUUUCUAGAUGGAGCCUUUGGUGAGCUAGGCAGCCUCCAGCAGCUGGAGGUUGGAGACAAUCACCUGGUGUUUGUAGCUCCGGGAGCGUUUUCAGGGCUGGCCAAACUAAGUACCAUCACUCUGGAACGUUGCAACCUCAGCACAGUGCCUGGCCUAGCUCUUGCCCAGCUCCCAGCACUAGUAGCUCUUAGACUUCGAGAACUAGAUAUUGAGAGGCUGCCCUCUGGGGCACUUCGAGGGCUAGGGCAACUAAAGGAGCUGGAGAUCCACCACUGGCCAUCUCUGGAGGCCCUGGACCCAGGGAGCCUGGUUGGCCUCAAUCUGAGCAGCCUGGCCAUCACCCACUGCAAUCUGAGCUCAGUACCCUUCCAAGCACUACACCACUUGAGCUUCCUCCGAGUCUUGGAUCUAUCUCAGAAUCCUAUCUCAGCCAUCCCAGCCCGGAGGCUCAGCCCCCUGGUACGGCUCCAGGAGCUCAGACUGUCGGGGGCCUGCCUCACCUCCAUCGCUGCCCAUGCCUUCCACGGCCUGACUGCCUUCCACUUACUGGAUGUAGCAGACAAUGCUCUUCAGACCCUAGAGGAAACAGCCUUCCCUUCUCCAGACAAACUGGUCACCUUGAGGCUGUCUGGUAACCCCCUAACCUGUGAUUGCCGCCUCCUCUGGCUGCUCCGCCUUCGCCGGCGCCUGGACUUUGGCACAUCACCCCCUGCUUGUGCUGGCCCCCAGCAUGUCCAAGGGAAGAACCUAAGGGAAUUUUCAGACAUUCUGCCUCCAGGCCACUUCACUUGCAAACCGGCCCUGAUCCGAAAGUCAGGGCCUCGAUGGGUCAUUGCAGAGGAGGGCGGGCAUGCUGUUUUCUCCUGCUCUGGAGAUGGGGAUCCAGCCCCCACUGUUUCCUGGAUGAGACCUCAGGGAUCUUGGCUAGGGAGGGUUGGGAGGGUAAGGGUGCUAGAGGAUGGUACGCUGGAGAUCCGUUCGGUGCAGCUACGGGACAGGGGGGCCUACGUCUGUGUGGUCAGCAAUGUUGCUGGGAACGACUCUCUGAGAACCUGGCUGGAAGUUAUCCAAGUUGAGCCACCAAAUGGCACUCUGUCUGACCCCAACAUCACUAUGCCGGGGAUCCCAGGGCCUUUCUCUCUGGACAGCAGAGGUGUGGCUAUGGUGCUAGCCGUGGGCUUCCUCCCCUUCCUCACCUCAGUGACCCUUUGCUUUGGUCUGAUUGCUCUUUGGAGUAAGGGCAAGGGCCGGGUCAAGCACCACAUGACUUUUGAUUUUGUGGCCCCUCGGCCCUCUGGGGACAAGAACUCUGGGGGUAAUCGGGUCACUGCCAAGUUAUUCUGACCUUUCCAUCCACAAUGAAGACCACCGGAGUCCAUUUCAGAAGCCAAAGGGGAAGGUAGGAGUAAGGUCUC